AUGGCUAAUAAUAAUAAUAAAAUAACUAGUUAUAAUUAUAAUUCAGAUUUUAAUUUAAUUAAUUCUUUAAGUAUUUCUCCCUUACUUGUUACUUGCAUUGGCAAAACAACUAAUAAUAAUAAUUCUUAUUCUAAUUGCAUAAGCAAUUUUGCUAACAGCGUAGGGAAACCAGUUGGAGUAGGAGUAGGAGUAGGAGUAGGAGUAGGAGUGGUAAGCAAGGGGAGAAAUUGGUAUUUAAUUGAAGAUUUGCAAAAAUUAUUUAUAUCUUAUUUUAAAUCAAUUUUUUGUUUAAUAAGUAAAGCUAAAUUUUAUCAAAAAGCAGAUAAAUUAAUAAUUGAAAUAUUUUAUUAUAUUACUAUUCCUGAUGCAAAUAUUUUUUCUUGGUUUAAUAUAUUAAAAAACCCUUUACUUUCGCUAAAGUUAAAUAAUGUUACACAACAAUCACAAUUAGGUACAUUACCAAUGCAAGGAUUGCCAAUGCAAGUAGCUAAUACAAAAAUAAAUAAAUUAAAAAAAAAUAAAGUGAUUGAAAUAUUAAGAAAAAUGGAAGAUUCACAAAACUCAGAUAUAUUUUUUAAAUUAAAUAUAACUAAUAUAAAUAGUUUAUUUUUAGUUAAAUUUAAAUCUUUAGUAAGAUGGUUAAAUUCAAUUUUUAUUCAACCAAUUGAAUUAAAAUUAAUAAGAUUACAUCAUUCUGAUUCUGAAAGUCAUAUUUUAGCUCAAUUAUUUUUCUUAGUUAUUAAAAAGAAAAACAUAAGAAGUGUUAUAAAUAAAAUAUAUAAUAAAAAUAAAAUUAAAGACAUUAAUCUUGCUUAUGCAAGUAAUCCAUUUGUAGAAACAAAUAACAAUAAAUUUAUUCCAGUUUUUAUAUCUGGUUUAUAUAUUCAUAUUGGUGGAAGAUUAAUGAGAGAACCAAUUAUUCCUAGAAUAACAACUAAAAAAUUUGAAAAAGGUGCAAUAUCACAAGGAAAAGUAAAUAGUUUAGAAAAAACACAAAUAACUAGAAAAAAUAAAAAAGGGGCAUUUACUAUUAAAAUUACUUUCGCUCAAAAUAUUUAUUAG